AUGUCUUCGAGCCAAGGUGUAUCCGAGUCUCGCAAAGGCAGGAAGAAGGCAUUACUCAUCGCUGUGAGGUAUGUAAAAGGGAUCAAAAUCCCGCUCCCCCGCACACACUAUGAUGUACAAGAGCUCAAAGAGCUUCUUAUCAGCCAGUAUGGCUACGCUGAAGAUGAUAUUGUAGUGUUGGUGGAUAACUGCAAACUGGACAAAUCGUUUUGGCCUUCCGAAGUCAACAUUUUCAAGAGGAUAGAUUGGCUUGUUGAAGAUCUUGGAGAACACGAUAGGCUGGUAUUCUACUACUCGGGUCACGGCGGACAGACUAUCUGCCACCACGAUAGCGAAGUUGAUGGUUACGAUGAAGCUAUAUAUGAAUAUAAGGGUGGCAAGAUCAUCGACAACGUCUUGAAGCAGCAUCUAGUGAAUCCGGUGUUGAAAGUGAAGGGUUGUCAAUUGUUUGCUCUGUUCGAUUGCUGCCAUUCCGAAACUAUUCUUGACCUCAAGCAUUCUAACUGCUGCUCUCGAUCGCAGUCCUCGGUUGAACCCGUUGUGACCUCCAGCCAGCAAAGCGACGUGGAAACAUCUCCUCUUGAGAAAUGGUUAUGUUUUUCGAAAAAAUAUUGUAUUUCCCUCCCGGUUAGCAUACCGCGGCUGAGCAACAACGUCCUGGCUAUGUCUUCGCGGUCCGUCGUUGGGCUGGCAAAUCGUGCCAUGUUGCAUCUUUACAAUCACGUCACGAGAAUACUGAAGGUCUUUCUCUCGAGCACACCACUUUCUGCCAAUGAAAUUAAUGUACCAGUCGCAUCUUCGAGGCAACCAGUAUCAGUCAAUACUGUCUUUGCUUCCCAGCCUCACUGGCUCACGUCCCCAGAUCGGAGUGCAAUGUCUCCCAUCUCAAUUUACCCAAAUGCUAGAUGCAACGGUCGUUGUACCAUGACUGCAAAAGAAGAGAAUCAAGGUCGUGUUGUAUGCCUGUCGGCAUGUAAAGACGGCGAAGAGGCGCAUGACGAUAAUAUGACAGGUGCAACUUUUACAAAGUUUUUCAUUUCUUCACUGAAGAAGAACUCCAGUAUUUCUUACCGAAAUUUACUUGACGACCUUCGGUCUCAAGUUACCAACCUUGAGGAAAUGAAGUUGGCAGAGAUGCUGAGACGGACUUUUGACCGGUUUUUGGCUCGAAGGAGGCCAUUAGAGAUCACAUCAGAAUGUGAUGAUUUAAUUAAUCGGAAAGGCUCAACUCAAGAACCUCGAAUUACAAGUAAUUGUCCGUUCGAUUGGGACAAGAAAGUUUCAAUAUAG